AAGUUAGCUAUUGUGUCACCACCACCAAAUCUAGGCAUACCACAUUGAAAAAAUCAGCUUAUUUGUCUCAUUAAGUAAAUGUCCAAUCUAACAAAGGUGCCGUUUUGGAAUCAACUUUUUUGGUUUAUAAAUAUUUUAAGUUCACUUGAGAGAUCAGCAAAAUAUCAUUUUGUGAAGUUGUCUAUAGUUUGGUAUUCAUGGCAGAAGAAAAAUCAGGACAAGGAACAAAUCCUCCUCAGGAACAGCCAAGGAGAAAUAAUCCAACAAGAAGAAAUUGGUCUGAGCUAGUUGGUGUGACAGCAGAAGAAGCAGAGAGGAAAAUAAAGGAAGAGAUGCAUGGAGUUGAAAUUCGAGUGGUGCCACCUGGCUAUUUCAGGUUCAAGAGAGUUCGAUUGUAUGUUGAUCAAUCUAAUAAGCUCAUUAAGACUCCAACAAUUGGUUGAUUCAUCAACUAAAUAUUUGUUCAAAUGAGAUUUGGGUAUAAUGCUAGUGGUGAAAUUUAAAGAAUAAAUGGAGUUUUUUUUUUUUUUUAAUUAGAAUAAACAAGGGGGGUUAGGAAUAAAGCUAGCAUAUGUAAUUUGAAGAAUAAACAAGAGUUGUUGUGA